AUGGAAUCAGAUGGUUCGAGUGUUGUACCGGCUCCAAUGGGGAAGAGGCGAAUACCGGUGAAAUGUGAUGGGAGUAGGCCUUGCACAAGAUGUAAUAAGCUGAAAAGGCAAUGCGUGUUUUUUGAAGCCCCCAAAGAUCCUACUGUCGAGUUGGAGAAUGUCGAGUCAGAAGUGCGUCUUUUAAGAGAACAGCUGGAUGAUAUACGCCAGCUUCUUCUUCAUCGCCCGCAGUCGACUAUGGACGAAGCAACAUUUCAGACGCAACAGCACCAAACGUACAGUGCAAGUGCAUAUACAUCGUCACCUUCUCAAGUGGGCUCUAAUCCCACGACGGUUCCAACCAUUGUUGCUGCUGUUCCUUCAACAAGUCCCAGCGGUUUUCAAUUUAGGGAGCCUGGGAUAUCCUCAAACGAUGAAAUUCCUGUUGACACUCCCUUUCAAACGAAAAAUGCAGAGACUGUCCGUCUGGCUAAGAGAAAACGAUCAGGAUUUGAGAUCCGAGAUGAGCCAAUCUCCGAUUUUAUCAAUACGGGAUUGAUUACUAUGGAGAAUGCCAUGGUUUGCUUUAGGACAUUCUUCCAGGGCUGUGAUAGGUAUAUUCCAAUAUUCGACCCUGAAUAUGACACCUUUGCCUCGGUGCGUGCGCGUAGCAGCAUUCUUUUAAAUGCCAUCUGCACAGUUGGCUGCCGUGUCGAGACUAGAUCCGGAUCUCAAAUGUCUGAUCUAUUACAUGCAGAGCUGAAGAGGUCCAUCAACGUGGUAAUUCAGAAUAAGAGGUUCAACUGUUUGGAAUCAGUGCAGGCAAUGCUUACCGUUGCUUGUUACUCUACCGAACGGUCAUUAAUACUGUCUUUUGCAACGCAAAUGGCCCUAGAUUUGAACAUGGACGAAGCAUUCGAAGAGCUCACACAAAGACUUGCAAUAAAAGAAGCCGAAGAAAUAUAUAAUCUCCCUUCACAUAUUGGUGAGGAAGAGCGGCUUUUGAUGCGAAAGGCAAGAACCUGGUUUGGGCUUUUGGUAUUAGAGCACAUAUUUCGCGUUGACGGAGGCAAACCACCUGGAAUUCGACUAACAGGAAACGCACGCCGAUGUCGGAUUUUGCUCAGUCAUCCUUCGUCAACAGUGUUGGAUUUGCGACUUUUUUCUCAGGUUGAGUUGAAUAUUCUAAGAGCCAAUAUAAAUGACACGUUAGGCGCAAGAGGGGGUCUCGAUAGACCUGACAUUGCCGAUUAUGUGCACGAGGCUAAAGUUGAUCUUGAUCUUUGGUUUGAUGAUUGGUUGCGCAUUAUCGAAAAAUCGAUCGCAGCAGCAGAAGAGAGGCCGUUUCUCUUGCUUGCACUACGUGUGCAGAAGUGCUGGGCCGAAAUGAUGCUCCAUUGUAAGGCCCUGCGUGCAAUGGGCGUGGAAAACGUUGCGGCCAUGUCUAUCAUCGAACGGAAUAUCCUUCUUAUGGCCAAGGCGAGCGCACGAAAGCACCUUUUGCUCAUAACUGUCGAGCCAGACUUCUAUCUAGCCAAGCUGAAGUAUGCCAUGGACUUUGUGUGGGCAAAAUGUGCCUUCUGCUUUCUCCUUCUUAUCAAACUAUCUCGACUUUUGCCUGAGCGGGAAGAGGAGCACCAGGAACUGCUGGAACAUGGUAAUAGGCUGCUAGAUGAGCUGAACAGAGCUGGAUCCAACAAUGACAAUAGUAGUAACGGUAACAUUUAUAUGCAGAUCCUGAAGCUCAGUAUUGAGAAGUAUGGUCGAACGUUGCAGGAAAGCGAUGUUGAUACUGACCAAGCGGCUACGGCUCCUUUCUGGGAGUUAUUCGACGCCCAGGCUGACCUGCAAUCAUUCGUGCCAGAGCAAUUUGUCUCCGAAUGGGAUUUCCCAGGACUCAAUCUCUUUUAUUUCCCAACGGCGUGGCAGGACUUUUUUGGCGAUUUUUCGCUAGCAGUCUAGUUAGGGCCGAGUUUGGAGCUUUAUGUAGGAUGGAGGACAUAGCCACAUGGGCGACAGGUGAUAUUAGUGUGCAGCAUGUCAUGGAGUCGCAAUGGGAGAAGCAGCGUGUCCUGAAAAUGAAUAACGAAAAUGUCUAUAGCUCAUAGAUUUGACCGUGUAUAUAGUGUAGAUACCAGGGAACCAAAAAGAAGGCACCGCUCU